AUGCCUCCUCUCCCUAAACAGAGCGACUUCCCACCCUCGCUGACCCUCACAAUAACCCCGCCAGACUCCCCGCGAUCAACAAACAUCCUCAUCCUCCUCCACGGGCUAGGAGAUACACCAGCUCCCUUCGCCAGCUUUGCAUCUGCUCUUCACUUGCCCGAAACAAGCUGUAUAACCGUUCAGGCUCCGGUUCCACUGCCAUUUGACCUCCCCGGCUUCCACUGGGGCGACGACAUUGUCUUUGAAGCAGACUCGCUAGACCAGGAUCCUGGGUUUACUCGCGCUACCCGCCUAAUAGUUACCGAUCUCAUACGGUCAACAUUGAUUGAUAAGCUAGGCUACAGGGCUCGUGAGAUUCUCCUUUUUGGAUAUGCGCAAGGUGCGAGUGUAGCGCUGAGCGCGGCGUUGGAGUUUCAUCGGUCUGAAGGUAGUCUAGGAGAACUGGGCGGCAUCAUUGCUAUUGGCGGAGUUCUGCCCCUAUCGGCCAUCAAAGAGCAAGGGAGCAGACAGAAUAAGUCACCUAGUCCGGUGCUGGUGUUGGGUGGUAAUGGUGCCCAGAGUGCUGUUUCGGAUGUAGGCACUCGUCGGACGAAGGAGGAGUUCGAGUACGUGGACGUCGUUCGCUGGAAGGGGAAGAGAGAAGAUACCAUGCCUCGGAAUAGGGAUGAGAUGAUGCCGAUAAUGCAGUUCUUUGCUAGACGGCUACGUAGCACUAGUGGUGUGCCUGAAGGGAGCAUAGAGCUGACCUAA